UUUUAAUUUAAAAAAUUUCUUCUGGUAAUAUUAUUUAAAUAUUUUUGAUGUUUUUUUUCGUAUUAACUCAUAUUGAUAUGAAAUAAACAGAUAUUAAAAACAAGUGUUCAACGUUAAUAACAACUAUUACUUAAUAUACAAAAAUAAAAUAAAAAGUUUUCACAACUAUGGUUCUUUCUCAUUGUUAUGGUGUUAUGAAAUACACUCUUGUAUUUGUCAACCUUAUAUUUUGGGUUCUUGGUCUAACUGCAGUCGUCUUUGGAACAUGGAUGCUUGUGGACCAAACCUUUAUUUUAUCAUUAACUCAAGAACAGCAUAAUUAUUAUGCUGGAUUGUACAUCACCCUUGCAGCGGGUGCUCUUUUGCUGAUCGUCGCAUUUUUGGGAUGUUGCGGAGCUUUCCGUGAAUCACAAUGCAUGCUUGUUGGCUUCUUCAGCUGCCUGCUUGUGGUCAUAGUUGCUCAGAUCGCAGCUGGAGCUUGGCUGUAUACUAAUCGAGAUGGUAUUGAACCUUUAGUCCAGGCUUCUUUCAUGAAUACUGUUAAAGAUGAAUAUGGACAAAUAGAUCACCGUACUCAAACUGUCGAUUCUAUUCAAGAAAAUUUACAAUGCUGCGGAGCAAGUGGACCUAAUGAUUGGGCCAGCUCUAAAUAUGGAAGCUCUAAUGGUCCAAUAAGUCUUACUGUAUCUAGUCCAAAGAAUGAUUACAUAGUUCCUGAAUCUUGCUGCAAAGUCAAAGAUACCAAUCUUUGCAAUACUGCACGAAAAAUCAAAGUUGGAGGCUUUGUACCAUCAGAAAUUUACUCCAAGGGUUGCGUCAAUAAGCUAAGAAACGUUCUCAGCAGUCAAGGCUACAUUGUUCUUAUAGUAAUAAUAGUACUUUGUGUUGUUGAAUUAAUCGGUGUGAUAUUUUCGCUUAUUCUUUGUUGCGCUAUCGGUUCAUCAGAUCGAUACAAAGCUUAAGAAUAUGAAAUGUUAUAAACAUGAUAAAUAAUCAUUCAUAAAUCUAUGUCUCUUACGUGCCAUUAAUACUCAAUACAUUACAAAUGAUUUUUUUUACAAGACAUUUUUAAAAUAAUCUUCGGGUAUAUUUUAUCUUAAAAGCUACAUUUUGUAACAUUUAUUUGAAUAUUUGUGUGUGUUUAAUAUAGUAGUAAAAAUUAAUUAAAAUUUUGAAUGCUGAGAUGAAAUUAAAUUUAUGAAAAAAAAAAAAAAAAAAAAAACAGAGAAAUAAGAAUUAUAUUGAAUGUGUUGAUUUUUUUACCAAAGAUUCAAAGAUUUACAUUUUGUUAAUGAUUGUUGUCUCGAGAGUUGCAUUCCUUUUGAGAUUAAAUAAGAAAUAUUGAUAUGAGUAAGUCAAGUUUUCGCACAAACUUGCCAAUAAAUCAACAAAGAUAUUUACAAACAAAUGAGAAAAAUAAUUAUAAUAAUUUGGAAUCUCAUAUUAUUUGAUAAAAAUUUUUCUUUUAAACUUAACUGUAUUUAUCAAUAAUUUUUAUUAAGGGUAAAAAAAUAUAAUUGAUUUACCCAAUGAACUGAUAAAAGGUAACUAUUAAAAAAAUAAAAUUUUGGAUGCAUUUAUAUUUCCUUUACCAUACUUAUUUAGUUAUAAAAUCGUAAUUGAAUAUUUAUACAAGAAAAAUAUACAUUUAUUUUAUUAAUCUAUUAAUUAUCUUAAUAUUUUUAUAUUUAUUUCGUGUUUGAUUGUAGGGUUUCGUUUCUUUAAUUAUGUUGUAUGAUUUCGACAUGUAUAUCAUUAAGCUUAAAAAAAGUUAUUUUUUUUUUAUUGAUUAAUUUUAUGUACAGUACUUCUACCUAAGAUAUGACAGGUUAUUAUUUUUUUUUUCUCUUGAUAAUAACUAAUGGAAAAAUUGACACAACUGAAAUAUCUUAGAGGUGAAAUAACUUGUACAACACAUUUGAAUUGUAAUAAGCUUAAGUGAACAAUAACAUUUUUGUAACACAAAAAUAAAUGAUAUCUCGUAAGACGACGCAAAAAAAUCGAUUAUUUUUUUUUUUUUAAUUUCCGAUGAAAAUAUGCUUAUAUUUUAAGAGUUCUCACCAAAAAUCAGCACGAUUAAAACUUUUAGAGGUCACCUGAGUCUU